UUUCUUUCUACGUCGUCCCUUUUCUGUUGAGCGCUUUUACGGAUCGUCGAAGGUUCUCUUUUUUUCAGACGAAAAUACCCAAUUCCUUUCAUUUUCUUCUUUUACCGACGAAUCUCCACAAAUUAUAGAACGUUAGUGUCUUUGAUUUUGGAGAAUGGCGACGGCAGCGGCGACGACGGUUAGCUCCGCUGGAGGGUUACUAGCGAUGCUUAAUGAGAGCCAUCCCCAGUUGAAGUUCCAUGCUCUCACUAAUCUUAUUAGCUUCGUUGAUCAAUUUUGGCCAGAGAUCUCUACAAGUGUUCCUAUUAUAGAGAGCUUAUAUGAAGAUGAAGAAUUUGGUCAGCAUCAGAGACAACUUGCUGCUUUGCUUGUCUCAAAGGUCUUUUAUUAUUUGGGGGAGCUCAAUGAUUCGUUGUCUUAUGCUCUUGGAGCGGGCCCCCUUUUCGAUAUUUCUGAGGAAUCUGAUUAUGUUCAUACUCUCCUUGCCAAGGCAAUAGAUGAGUACACUAGUGUUCGGUCAAAGGCAGCAGAGUCUAGUGAUAAAGCAGCAGAGAUUGACCAUAGGUUGGAGGCGAUUGUGGAGAGAAUGCUCGACAAUUGUAUUGUUGAUGGAAAAUACCAACAAGCGAUGGGAAUUGCAAUCGAGUGCCGAAGACUUGAUAAACUUGAGGAAGCAAUAACGAGGAGCGAUAAUGUUCAUGCAACUUUAGCAUAUUCUACUCACGUCUCUCAUUCAUUUAUAUAUCGCCGAGAAUAUCGCCGAGAAGUGCUUCAGCUUCUUGUUAAAUUGUACCAAAAACUGCCUUCACCUGAUUAUUUGAGCACUUCUCAGUGUCUCAUGUUCUUGGAUGAACCUGAAGGUGUUGCAAAAAUAUUGGAGAAACUUCUCCAUUCUGAACAUAAAGAGGAUGCUCUUUUGGCUUUUCAAGUUGCAUUUGAUCUUGUGGAGAAUGAGCAUCAGGCAUUUCUCUUAAAUGUAAGAGAUCGGCUUCCUGCUCCCAAAUCUCAGCCUUCUGAAUCAGUACAGCCAGAAUCCAGCGACCCUGCUCCUGUUCAAAAUGAAAAUUCUAAUGCUCCAGAGGAUGUUCAGAUGAUAGAUGGUUCUUCUGCUUCACCAACAGAUGUGCCUGCGGUUGAUCCUAAAGAAGUUAUGUAUGCUGAGAGGCUGAAAAAAAUAAAAGGAAUUUUGUCUGGAGAGAUGUCAAUACAGUUGACCCUACAGUUCUUGUACAGUCAUAACAAAUCGGAUCUAUUAAUUUUGAAGGCUAUAAAGCAGUCUGUUGAAAUGAGAAAUAGUGUUUGCCACAGUGCUACAAUCUAUGCAAAUGCUAUAAUGCAUGCUGGAACAACAGUUGAUACGUUCCUGAGGGACAAUCUGGAUUGGCUGAGUAGAGCCACAAAUUGGGCCAAAUUCAGUGCAACAGCUGGGCUUGGUGUUAUCCACAGAGGACAUCUGCAGCAGGGGAGGUCUUUGAUGGCUCCAUACCUUCCCCAAGGUGGUGGUGGUGGUGGGAGUCCAUACUCUGAAGGUGGUGCACUGUAUGCGUUGGGUCUCAUUCAUGCCAACCAUGGUGAAGGCAUUAAGCAAUUCCUUCGAGACAGCCUACGCAACACUAAUGUUGAGGUUAUCCAACAUGGGGCAUGCUUAGGUCUUGGUUUGGCAGCGCUAGGAACUGCUGAUGAAGAAAUCUAUGAUGAGGUCAAAACUGUGCUUUAUACUGACAGUGCUGUUGCCGGUGAAGCUGCUGGCAUCAGUAUGGGAUUGCUUAUGGUUGGAACUGCAAGUGAGAAGGCAAGCGAGAUGCUUGCUUACGCACAUGAGACACAGCAUGAGAAAAUUAUCAGGGGUUUAGCUUUAGGGAUAGCUCUUACAGUUUAUGGAAGUGAAGAGGAAGCAGAUACAUUAAUUGAGCAGAUGACUCGGCAUCAAGAUCCUAUACUACGCUAUGGUGGCAUGUAUGCAUUAGCAUUGGCCUAUAGGGGGACUGCAAACAACAAGGCUAUUCGUCAGCUCCUGCACUUUGCUGUAUCGGAUGUGAGUGAUGAUGUUAGAAGAACUGCUGUUUUAGCGCUGGGGUUUGUUCUAUAUUCAGAGCCAUCACAGACUCCUCGAAUUGUCUCUUUACUGUCUGAGUCUUACAACCCACAUGUUCGAUAUGGUGCGGCACUUGCAGUGGGCAUUUCAUGUGCUGGCACAGGAUUGAGUGAAGCCGUAUCAUUGCUAGAACCCUUAAUAUCGGAUGCUGUUGAUUUUGUUCGUCAAGGUGCCCUCAUUGCGAUGGCUAUGGUCAUGGUCCAGAUCAAUGAAGCCUGUGAUUCACGUGUUGGAACAUUCAGGCGACAAUUGGAGAAGAUAAUACGUGAUAAGCAUGAGGAUACAAUGAGCAAGAUGGGAGCAAUCUUGGCCUCUGGGAUCCUUGAUGCUGGUGGGAGGAAUGUGACCAUAAAAUUGCUUUCUAAGACAAAGCACGACAAAGUCACUGCCAUUGUCGGUCUUGCGGUUUUUAGCCAAUUUUGGUACUGGUAUCCCCUAAUCUAUUUUGUGAGUUUAUCGUUCUCACCCACAGCUUUUAUCGGACUGAACUACGACCUGAAGGUUCCGAAAUUUGAGUUAUUAUCCCAUGCAAAACCUUUGCUUUUUGAGUAUCCAAAGCCAACUACUGCACCCACCACUACGUCAGCUGUUAAACUCCCAACUGCUGUCCUGUCAACUUCAGCAAAGGCUAAAGCUAGGGCUAAGAAAGAGGCAGAACAAAAGGCUAAUGCUGAGAGAUCAUCUGCUGCUCCGAAUACUGGAAAAGGCAAAUCAUCUAGUGAGAAGGAUGGGGAAGCUAUGCAGGUUGAUAGCCUUCCAGAGAAGAAAGUAGAACCUGAGCCGGAGCCGGAACCGACAUUUGAGAUUUUGACCAAUCCAGCCAGAGUAGUUCCUGCUCAGGAGAAGUUCAUCGAGUUUUUAGAAGACAGCCGAUAUGUGCCUAUGAAGCCGGCACCAUCUGGGUUUGUUCUCCUUAAAGACCUGUGUCCUAACGAACCAGAGGUGCUCUCUCUAACAGAUGCACCUGCAUCGGCGGCAUCCCCAGCUGCAGGUCGAUCAUCGGCUAUGGCGCUUAAUGACGAGCCUCAGGUCCCGCAGCCUUUUGAGUACACAUCCUGAUUUUUCCAGGUUACAGAACUGAACAGGGCCAAUGAUAAUUCCAGAAUCGUGCAGUGCUUCACAUUACAACUUUGCAACAAUUCUGGAAACUUAUGGUAGUUUAGUUCAUGGCGUGUUAUAUAUCUAUUGAUUGAUUGAUUUUCUUAUUUAUAUAAAUAUUUCUUUAUUUUCAAGUGUUCUAUUGAUC